UAAUAUUGUAGAAGAUAGAGAAAUUAGUUUUCCCUUGUUAACAACGCAAAGAAAGAUUUGAGGAAUAGUUUACUUAGUUCAAUUAUAAAACGAUCCAAAUUUAGUGCAAACUUAAGUAUGGAACAAACGGUCAAUGAGGAUUUAGGUACUGCGGUUGUCUCAGACAGUGAAAGCCUAGAGCUGGCCAGCAUUGGAGAAAGUUCGGAAGUUGCUAUUAAAUCCAUAUGUGCCAGUAAGGACCAUUCGCUCAAGGCUACUGAGUCUAAUACGAAGAAGACUGGCUCAAAUAUACCACAACGAAAAAAUAUCCCUGUAACAAAUCCCGCCUCGAAAGCAACCGGAAUUAAGAAAGUGUCUAAUACCUUAAGCUUGAAAAAACCCAAUACUUCCGACCAGACUUCGAAAGUAUCUCCAUCAAAUACUUCGACACCGAGAAGUCCUAAACCUACUCGGAAUUCAAACUCAACCAAUCCGCCUGGGAAAAGGACCCAUGGAUCAAUGUCUCAAUCAAAUAUGCUGCAACAAAAGGCAAAUCCAACGAAACCACCUGCAGCCGGAAAUAAUCGAGCAGCGAGUGUGAAUCCAGCGAAUGCCAAUUAUCGAAUGGCCACCACUACUAUUCGCCCGAGUGUUACUGAAGCCAACAAAAUCCCAGCGACCAAAACAAAUUUGAAGAAAAAUAUCUCCACCGCAGGUGACAAAAUUACCUUAGAGUCCUUGGAAGAACAAUUAAAGGAUCAACAAAACGAGUUUCUUAAAAAAAUAGAAGCCCUGAAACACACUUCCCAUGCCGCUCAAUUGGAAGGUAAAGAAUAUCAACUCAUGGGCUUGGUAUUCAAUAAUGAAUGCGAGCCUAUGCUAAAAGAUAUGAAAAUAGAAAAACUAACUGAAAAACUUGAUGAAAAUUCUGCUAAUGCCUUGAAGGAGAAGUUAAUUAAAAAUAUGAAUGAAGGCUUUGCCAAACUCAAAGACAAACUAAAUCGAGAAGGAGACUCGGGAGAGGAUUUGAAAUUAAAAGAGAUACAGGACUCAAAUGUAAAGGCAAUAUUGGAUCUAGUCGAUGCUAUUAGCAAUUCUUACAAGGAUGAAACAAUGCAGGAGGUGACAAAUAUUGAGAAACUUAAGAAGGAAUUAGAGGAUUAUAAAAAUUCUCUUAAAAUUAUGCAAGAAAAUUAUUCAGAGCUUUGUGGAAAGCAUGCAAUUGAGUUACUGGCGCUAGAAAAGGAUAUACAAUCGAAAUGCCUUGCAACGUUUGAACAAAAGGAGCAAUUAAUAAAUGAGCUUCAAAAGAAACUUGAAAAAAGCGAAAAGCAAAUCGUUGAUCUACAAUCUCAUUGGGAGUACCAGAAAAACGAAGAUUUCUGUCAAAAGAAGAAUUUGGAAGAAGAACUACAAAAUGCACAGGAAAGAUUUAAAGAAUUUCAACUAAAAUUUAAAGCCAUCGAAAACGAUCUAAGCCUUCAACACAAGCAAGUGGAGCAGAAGAAUAAUAUAAUUGAGAAACUGCAGACAGAGUUAAAGGACUUACAGGCCAUCAUACAUGAACAAACUUUGAAACCGGAGAAUGAUAUUGAAAUCUCACAGUUGAAGCAAACAAUUGAAACCCUACAAGAGGAGAAGUCUUCUUUGGAAGAACAAAAUAAACAUUUGAUUGAGGAUUACAAUAACUCCCUCACUGAGGCAAAAGAAUAUUGCAGAGAGUUAUGCAGUAAGCAUAAAGACGAGUUACUAGCAGUUAAUGAAGUCAUCAAAUCAGAAUCUCUUGCGGUUCUUGAACAAAAAGAGGAAGAAAUCAAAGAACUACAAAAGUUACUUAAAAUCAAUGAAGGAAAAAUUGCAGAACUCCAAUCAACUUUGGCUGAAAACGAGAAUAUAACCAACGAGCUUAAAAACAACAAUGAAAAAUUUCAGAAACUUGAAGACAAUUUUAAAGCCCUGGAGAAAGACCUAAGUCUUCGAUCUCAAGAGGUCAACCAGAAGAAUGGCAUGAUUCAAAAGUUGCAGAAGGAAUUGAAGGUCUUACAAAGCAGCAUGGAACAACAAACUUUGAAAUAUGAAAACGAUAAAGAAACUCCCAAAUUUUUAAAGAAAAUCACCACAAUGAAUCAACAAAUUCAAAAGUUAAUGGAGGAAAAUUCUGUGUUGGAGAAGAAGAAUCAGGAAUUGGUUGAGGAUAUAUCUAAAAACAAGGAUUUAACACUCAAACUGGAAACUGCACAAAAUCGCCUUAAGGGCUUGCAGCAGGAGUUAAAUGACAUCAAAAAAUUAAAUGAAUCCAAAGAUAAUAAAAUUGAGCUAACAAAACUACGCCAAUCAGAGAAUGAAAAGGAUCGCCAUAUAGCAAAACUCAAUGCUCAGCUAUCCAAAUCCCUUGCCAAAAUAUAUGAAUUGGAGAUGCAAUUGCAGCGCAAUCAACAGCUGCUGGAAGUUCGCAGCCAAUUAAUUGACUCGCUGCAAGAAAACGAGGCCAAUCAUCGCUUGCACAUGGGCGAAAAGAUAGUGGAAAUGGGUGAGAAGAAUAACACCAUUGCCGAGUCCUCGAUUUCAUUCAAUCAGCUGACCCAAGAAUUGUGUUCCUGUUCACAGGAGGUACAUACUCUCAAUGAGAAAAUCUAUGCCAAACAAUUGGAGUUCACCGAGCAACAGCAUAUCAUCAAAUUGUUAGAGGAGAACAACAAACGUAGCCAAAUCAUGCGCAUUAAGCAAGAGGAGAAAAUGUCACGCAUGACAGAGGAUAUUGCCCAUUUGCAGAAGAUCAUUGAAAUUUAUCAAGCCAACCUUUUGAAUGCCAAUACCAAUUUAAUUUUGAAACAACAGGCCCUUAUGCCCCCUAACAAUCGGAUGGAGAUGGAAACCUAUGACAUUAAUGAGAACUUUUACCAUUACACGGACCAACGUAAACGCAAACGUCAAAUCGCUAUAAAUGUCAAAACAUAUGAAGCUUAAAACGCUGUCAAAUUCUACAAUUCUCCAGUCAAGUGUCAUGAUGUCAGCAUAUGAGCCUUCAAAAUUGACAAUGUUUGAAUGUGUGUCAGUUUUCUUUGUAAAAUAAAACUAUUUGCAUGUUGCCUUCAUAAAUUGUCUACAGAAAAAAGCGCUGAUAUGUGUA